AUGGAGGAGGAGAUGCUUAGUAGUCACGGUAGUCAAAAGCGGCCAGAGGUGUUCGAGCGUGUCGAACAUGACGAACCCGACGACAUCACUUACGCUCCUGAAAUCCAAGUCAAAGCCAAAUUGCGUGAAUUGAAGCCGAUUUCCGCCCAACAGGCAGCACGAGCACAGGCGCCUCACAUAGUGUCCGCCAAUCGAGCUAACAGUAACUCAUCGCUAGCAUCCGGUCGUAGCGGACGUAGCAGCAGUGAAGGGUUUCCGAAA